UUGUCAUCAGGUCAAUCGGUCAUACCUCACAUGAUCAAUUGUGAGUUGUGACAUUAUUUUCCCAAGUCCCUCUCAUUCCUACCUGCUCCCUUCACGAAAUACAUUUGUCUACUAUCAACUCUGACAAACCUCACAAAUACUUAAAUGAAGCAAAUUCCACGAUCCCAUCAACCUCUUUAUUCUAAUACAAUUCUCAAUUUCAAAAGUCAGACCAAUUUAUAAAAAUCCUCCCACUAAUUCCAGCAUCGCCAACAACUAUAUUUCACACCCAAAACAAAAAGAAUUUCAAAAUAUAGAGAGAAAAGAUGCAGAAAGAAAAAACAGAAGAUGAAAAUCCACUGUUACCCUUAGAAUUAGAGCAUCAAAAACAACAACAACAGCAGCAGCUAAGUCUAAUUAAGGAAUUCAAUCACGAAUCAAAGAAACUAUGGAGUAUUGCCGGGCCUGCAAUUUUCACAGCUGUAUGUCAAUACUCAAUGGGCGCUCUAACACAGACUUUUGCGGGCCAAGUCGGUGACCUUGAGCUUGCUGCGGUUUCCGUCGAAAACUCCGUUAUCGCUGGUCUUGGCUUCGGAGUCAUGCUUGGAAUGGGCAGCGCAUUGGAGACUUUAUGUGGGCAAGCAUUUGGUGCAGGGAAGCCCAAAAUGUUAGGGGUUUAUAUGCAGAGAUCAUGGGUUAUCUUAUUUGCCACUGCUUGUCUGCUGACCCCACUUUAUACAUACUCGCCUUACAUUCUUCAACUCUCUGGGAAUACGCCAGAAAUCUCGCAAGCUGCUGGAAAAUUUGCUUUGUGGAUGAUACCUCAACUGUUUGCCUAUGCUUUCCAUUUCCCUAUACAAAAAUUCCUGCAAGCACAGAGGAAAGUGUUUGUGAUGGCGUGGGUGUCUGCUAUUGUGUUGGUAAUCCAUGUGUUCUUUAGUUGGCUAUUUAUGCUCAAGUAUGGGUGGGGCUUGGCUGGAGCAGCAGUUGUGCUCAAUGGAUCAUGGUGGCUGAUCGUCAUUCUACAGCUUAUCUACAUUUUUGCCACUAAGUCAGAUGGUGCUUGGAGUGGAUUCUCCUGGCUAGCAUUUGCUGACUUGUGGGGUUUUGUGAAGCUCUCCUUGGCAUCUGCUGUGAUGCUAUGCUUGGAGUUUUGGUAUUUGAUGGUGCUAGUGGUUAUCGUAGGUUCUCUUCCCGACCCUUUAAUACCUGUGGAUGCCAUCUCCAUUUGCAUGAAUCUACAAGGAUGGGAUGCCAUGAUUGCAAUAGGAUUCAAUGCUGCGAUCAGUGUAAGAGUAUCAAACGAACUUGGAGCCGGUAAUUAUAGAAACGCAAAGAUCUCGGUGACAGUAGUUUCAAUAACUUCAGUGGCUAUAGGGUUUGUUGCCAUGUUAGUGGUGCUUGCAACUAGAGACUCUUUCCCUUACCUUUUUACAACAAGCGAUGCUGUGGCAAAGGAAACUACAAGGAUUUCAAUCUUGUUGGCGUUCACAGUUCUUCUCAAUAGCCUUCAACCAGUCUUAUCAGGGGUUGCCAUUGGAGCGGGUUGGCAAUCACUUGUUGCAUACAUCAACAUUGCGUGUUACUAUCUUUUUGGGCUUCCUGCUGGCAUUGUUCUUGGAUUCAAGUACGGACUUGGAGGAAUGGGUGUUUGGGGAGGAAUGAUUGGCGGAAUCUGUUUGCAAACCAUUAUCUUGAUAGUAAUUACAGCUUUCACAAAUUGGAAGAAGGAAGUGGAUGAAGCAGAGAGUAGAGUGCGAAAAUGGGGAGGAUCAGCGUCAUUUGACUGAUUUUGGGCAAUGCAUGGAGUGAAGGAGAUAAUAACUGUGGGAUGACUCGUCCUAAAAGGAAGAUAACACAUAUAUUACGUUGCAAUCCCUGCAUAUGCGAUCAACAGAAGAUGGUCAUAUCUUCAUAUGGAUUUAUGUGUUACCUCAGCCAAGAAGACCUGGAUAAUAUUUGAACCAAAAUGAGCUGAUUAUACAUGAGAAGUGUCGAGAGAUGUCAGCUACAAUUUGUAAAGGAUUAUAGACGCCGAGACGUGUAUCUUAAUGGACUUAACUUGAUUUUUUGUAUUGACGUGGUAUAAAGGUUAUUGUGGUCAUUCUUUGAAAGCAAUUCGACGGUGUACUUGUGAUCACGGAUGUAAAAUGUUUUUUUUUUCCUUUCUGUGGACCAGUAAUUAUCAAUUGUUCGAAAAUGUUAUUACGUGUUA